AUAUUCAACUUACAAUCUACAAACUAAAUAUUGCAAUCCUAUUGAAACUUGAAAGAGAUGGAAAGUGAAAUGGAGAUAGAUAGUAAAGCAGUGAAAGUAAUAACUCUUACAAUAGAGUAUAUCAAAAUAGCUUGGUCUCAAUCCAUAGAAGCCCAUACAUCCAAUCAACUUUAUCUUGUUGAUUCCAAGAAACAUGGAGCUAGUUCAUCAUCAAAGGAGGUUAUGAUCAUUACUUUUAAAGGACCUCUUAGGUGGCACAAUGAUGAUCUUUUUGGAGUAACAGAUGUUGAUGCUGUUCUGUUACCGUCUCUCCUGCGUAUCGGAGAAGGUCUGCUUGCAAAAGUAAACUCAGCAUUUCUUGAUGCUUUUAAGAAUCUUUUGAAAAGCACUGGAUUCAAAUUGGAGGUGGAAAAAGCAGUAAAGAAAGGUAAAAAGAUCUUAUUUGCAGGACAUGCAUCAGGAGGUGCUAUAGCAAGUCUUGCCACCCUAUGGGUGCUCGAAGAAUAUGCAAGAAAACAAAAAGUUACCAAUGCUAUCGGCUGUGUAACUUUCGGGUCUCCUCUCAUUGGUGACGGAACCGUCACCCAUGCAGUCCAGCGAGAGAAAUGGGGAGGUCAUUUUACCCAUUUUGUCAUGGAACACGACAUUGUUCCUCGUAUCAUGCUAGCUCCUAAGACAUCCAUUCAAAAACAUCUACCUACUAUUCUCGACUUCCUCGAAAAAAAAGUCGAUCCCACCAGUCAAAAAUCCAGCAAAAAGGCAAAGCUUUUCAGCAUAAAGACUCAUGAAAAAACCGUUCAUCAGGAUCACUUGAUAAAACCUGACGAAGCUGUUGACUUCUUUGAAAAUGUGAUGAUCAAUGCAUUAACAGUUGCAAGCCAUGAUGCAUUUGAUCUUAUGGAACCUACAAGUACCCUAAAGGAGAAGUUAUCGGCUGACUUUGUAAAAGUCAGCCCUUACCGACCCUUUGGUCAUUUUGUUUUCUGCACUCGAGACGAAACUCAAGGUUCGGGUACAUCCCGACAACUGCUCGUUGUAGAAAACCCAAAUGCUAUUCUACAGUUAUUGUUCUAUUUCUUGCAGUUACCCAAUGAAAAUCAAGAUCUAGCUGACUUUGCUCUCAACAGUUUAGAUGAAAAUUUCGGUUAUGAAGAAGAACUGAACAAGGGCGGAUUGCAGUUAGAUAAUAUGGUUAAUCUGAAAGACCUUAAUCAACACCUGAUGACGUCUAAUGGUACUACAAGUGAUGUGAUUCGUGCAAGUAACAGAGCUCUAUCUGAACAGGCUGCAAGUGCAAAAUGGUGUCUAAUGGCUGUUGAAGAGGCGGAGAAGAGGAAGAAAGAAAAUGAGCUGGUGAUCAAAAAGUCGAUGAAAAAAUAUGGCAAUUCUAACCAAAAGAUCAUUGAAGUUAUCUUGGAUGAUAUUCGCACCUACAAAAAAAAGCAUGCCGAUGGUACAUUUGAUUACUAUGAAGCCUUUAAGAAUCAAAACGAGCAAGAUGACUUUGUGGCUAACGUUAACCGGUUGGAGCUGGCCAAAAUAUGGGAUGUAACUGUUGAGAUGGUAUUGCGUAGGGAUCUUCCUGAUGAAUUUGAGGUUUGGGGGGAAUUGGUAAACUUGGGGACGCAAUUUAGACGGCUUGUGGAGCCUUUGGAUAUUGGAAAUUAUUAUCGACACUCAAAGGGAGACGGUUAUAUGGAUGUUCGACCAAAGAGGUACAAGUUUACGCAGAGGUGGUAUGAGCAUGCAAAUGUCUCAGGGUUCGAGAAGAUUUCAGAGAGCAAUUUUGUAGCAGCGGUCGAGGAACUCACGAAGAAGGCUGAGGAACUCAAAAAUACGACACUAGAAAAGGUUAAGGAGGAAUUGGAGAACAUAAAAAGUACAGUUGGGAAGUGGAAAAAUGAAAUACAUGAAGAAAAUGAAGAUGUGUAUUGGGGAGAUUCGAUUGUGUCAAAAUUGCAGGAAAAACUUCUAUAAGAUAGCUAGGUGAGAUGGAAUCUAAGGCAUAAACUUAACACGUGUUCAUUAUAGCAACGUGAGUCAUGAAAGCUGCUUCUGUUUUCGAGAGUUGAUGCUGUAAUUUAGCAUAUAUGAAAGCUGUGUGAAAUAGACUGUCAGAUUACAAAAAGGGCAGGGUUACAUUUAGCAUCUAUUUUGGACAUUCUUUCUACUAAACUUCCAUGUAAGGAGUCAAGCUAUUGUAAUAUGUUUAAUUUA